CCAAAAUCACAGAACAAAAACUCCUCCUCUCUUCUUUAUUUAACUUAUAGAAACAAGCACAAAUCAAAUUAAGUUUUAUUAGUUCUAAACCCUAAAAAGAAAAUGGGUAAUGCUAAAUCAGCCAUGCUGAUUCUCCUACUAGCAAUGCUCAUCGCUUGUGCCACGGCCAUGGACAUGUCCGUCGUUUCCUACGACGAAGACCACCACGUGACCACCAGUCCCGACCGCAGCCUGAGCGUUUUCGACGCUGAGGCUGUGUUGAUCUUCGAGUCAUGGAUGGUCAAACAUGGGAAAGUGUACGACACCGUUGCCGAGAAGGAACGGCGGUUAACCAUUUUCGAGGACAACCUCCGUUUCAUCACUAACCGGAAUACUGAGAAUCGCAGUUAUCGACUCGGUUUGACCCGGUUUGCUGAUCUAUCUCUCCAUGAGUACGGACAAGUUUGCCACGGGGCUGAUGCAAGGCCACCCAAGAACCACGUUUUCAUGACUAGCAGCGGCAGAUACAAGACUAGUGUUGGUGAUGUGCUUCCUAAGUCCGUUGACUGGAGGAACGAAGGCGCAGUGACUGAAGUCAAAGAUCAAGGCCUUUGCAGGAGUUGUUGGGCUUUCUCGACAGUGGGGGCAGUGGAAGGCUUAAACAAGAUCGUGACAGGAGAGUUAGUAACUUUGUCUGAGCAAGAUUUGAUCAAUUGUAACAAAGAAAAUAAUGGUUGCAGAGGAGGUAAAGUCGAGACUGCCUAUGAGUUCAUAGUUAAUAAUGGCGGUCUUGGUACCGACAACGAUUAUCCUUACAAGGCUGUCAAUGGAGUUUGCCAUGGCCGCCUCAAGGAAAACAACAAGAAUGUUAUGAUUGAUGGGUUUGAGAAUUUGCCUUCAAACGACGAAUAUGCUCUAAUGAAAACGGUUGCUCACCAGCCUGUAACAGCCAUUAUCGAUUCUAGCAGCCGCGAGUUUCAACUUUACGAAUCGGGAAUAUUUGAUGGACCAUGCGGAACAAACCUAAACCAUGGAGUUGUUGUGAUUGGGUAUGGAACAGAGAACGGUCGUGACUAUUGGAUUGUGAGAAAUUCGCGGGGCAACACAUGGGGAGAGGCUGGCUACAUGAAGAUGGCUCGCAACAUUGCCAAUCCAAGAGGCUUAUGUGGUAUCGCAAUGCGAGCUUCUUACCCUCUUAAGAACUCAUUUUCUAGGGACAUAAGCUCCAUUGCCUAA